AUUAUUUUGAAAAAUAACUUUAAAAAAUCUAAUCUAAUUUUUUCAAAAAAUAUUUUUUAUCCGAUAGGAAAGAUGACAGAAAAAUUAACUUUUUACAUAGCGCCAGACCCUUCUUGCCCACAUCUUUUUAAGCCACAAUAUAUAGACAUAGAACUAAAUAGAGAAAGCGAAAUUCUACAAACAGAAGAAACAUAUAGAGACCUAGAUAACGAAAAUGGAUAUGCGCUAUUCUGGUUAGAUUGUCCUUAUGAAAUGUAUGAAAAAAAGGCUUUAUAUGAAGAAUAUAGAAAAUAUUGUUAUGAAAACAAUAUAAGACUAAGCUCUAGAGAAAAAUUCUAUGCUGGUAUAAAACAUCUUUUCGAAGUUCGGAAUGGCAAAUAUAGAAAGAAAUAA